AUGUCAGAUAGUAACUGGCUUAAUGAGAAUGCAUUUAACAGUCCUGUAAAUAACACUUCAGCGGGACAAGGUUCAAGUAAUGAUGAUUUUCUUAACUCCAUAUUCGAUCAGAACCAAGGGCAAAGUCAACCACCCCAACAACAACAACAACAGCAACAACAGCCACAGCAACAGCAACCAACUCACAAUCUAGGUGCUGAUAUUUUUGGUCAACCACAACUGGAACCAAGUCAAUCAUCUAGUUAUUCCUCCCAGACUCUUAACCCUCAGAUGUUCAUAAGACAAGCACAGGUUCAACAACAACAAGCUAGACAGCAAGCUCAACAACAAGCUCAGCAACAAGCGCAACAACAAGCACAACAACAAGCACAACAGCAUGCACAACAGCAGGCUCCGCAGAAUCAGCAAAUGAACUACCAACCAAGUCAACAGCAGCAACAGAUGAAUCAACAACAGAUGAAUCAGCAGCAACAAUUAAACCAAGGCAAUAAAGAACAAUUUUAUAGAAUGAAACAACAAGUAAUGCAACAAAAGAUGCUACAUAAACAACAAGAACUUCAAGCUCAAUCUCAGAAUUAUAAUAUGUCUCCCCAGAAUGCAGCUCAAUCACCCAUGAACAUUCCAGAUACUGGUAAUCGUUCUCAAGGUCAAACCCCACAUACUCAACAGGGUACCCCUGUUAUGCCAAGUAAUAUUCCAGGUAAUAUUCAAAGAAAUGCCAGCCAAGGUAGUGCUUAUAAUGCUGGAACACCAAUGAGCAACAUGAUGUCCCCACAAGUAGGUACAGCCAUACCUCCUCAACAACAAAACCCAACACAACAAGUUAACAAGACUUUGCAAGUUCAAAUGCAAAUAGAGUUAUUUUUAACUACAUUGUAUGACUUUAUGAGCCGUCGUGGGACUCCCAUUCCGCCAGCUAUUAUGAUUAAUAAUAAGAAGAUCAAUCUUUUCAUCAUUCAUAUAUUUGCUCAGAAACUUGGUGGUCCUCAACAGUUGCAAAGAUUUAUUGAACAACCAUUCAACCCUCAACAACCCAAUUCACCAUGGUAUGUGAUUGCACAAAGACUUGGUUUAUAUGAAGGUUUGAAUACUCAAGAUCCUAGUGUACGUGAAAGAACAGAUCGUGAAGUAUGUAAUUGUUAUGCAAACUAUUUACUUCCAUAUGACCAAUAUAUUUUAACUGCUGAUGGAUUGAGAGAUAUACAACAGAGAAAGACCCAAUUUCAAUCUAACAUGAUCGCCAAGUAUCAGGCGUUGCACCAACAGCAACAACAGCAAUUGCAACAACAACAGAUGCAACAGCAGCAGCAACAACAACAGCAACAACAACAGUUACAGCAGCAGCAAAGUAGACAACAACCACUCAAUCAGAUGUCACCGGCUGCAAGCAUACCAUCUCCGGCUGUUGUCAAUCUUGCAGGAGGAAUGGGACAAAAGCCAAGCCCAAUGAUGGCCAAUGCACCUACUCCACUGCAACGGAAACCUUCAAGAGCUAGUAAUCCAUCCACUCAUAAUUCACCAAGUAUUGGGAAUUCACCAUACGUUCAACAACAGCAAUUAUCACGUUCUGGAAGUAAUCAACAACUUAACCUCCAACAAUCUAUGUUAAUUCAAAAUCAACUCCUAAACAAACAAGCUAUGGCCCAACAACAACAAGCACAACAGCCAGUAGUGCAGCCCCAACAACAGCAACAAAUACAAUCGCAAAUUCUUCGCCAAACUUCUCAAACUUCCCUUGCAGCUACUGCAAGGCUGGUAUCACGUCAAAGUCAACAUUCACCCAUGCCACAACCGCCAAUGAGCAUAGAUGCUAAUCGCGCCAGCCAACCAGAUUUAGCCACAACUGCUCAAAUGGCAUUGAAACAGGAAGUUAAGAAAGAAGAAGCAAAUAUUAUCAAGAAUUAUAUCCCCUUUAGGAAAGUAGUUGAUACUCAUGGUCCUUAUUCAAUUAAAGAACUUUCACAAGUUGCUAAUGAAAUUGAAAUUACAAAGCCGGUAUAUUUGUUUGCACCAGAAUUAGGGGCCAUUAGUCUUCAAGCAUUAAUUAUGGGGAUUAAGAGUGAUACCGGGUUGAAUAAUGCUGAAGUCAUUAAUGCAUUGAAUACUUUGCUUGUAACUACGUCUGAUACGAGUUAUACUUUCAGGAUUGAUGAUUGUUUGGAAUUAUUGGAUUCGCUUUCUGCGCUUGGAAAAAAAGUUUUGAAUCGGAUUGUGAAUGGUAUUUCUAAAGAUGAUGAAUUUGUUGUUUCUGAUGUAACGAAAUUGAGUUCGACUGGACAAAUUGAUAAUAUUUUUGAAAAAUACGUAUCCAAUGGGUCUCUAGUUGGUGAAGAUAUUAGAUAUGUGGUGGAUUCACUUACCGGUGAAGUUGUUUCUGACGGUGAAGAAGAUGAUGAUUCAGAUAUUGAAAUUGAUGAGGUAUUUUCAGUUAAUGAGCCAAGUUCAACUGCCAGCACCCCCGAGCGUCAUACCAAUGAGGUGGCUUCAUUUUAUUUGGCGGAUUAUUUAACGGCAUUACAAGAAUUUAAGGAUGAGAAUAAAUAUCAUUUCAGUAAGAUUCAAACCAAGAGUGCUGUGGAUGACCAAGUAAUGUUAGUGGAUCAAUUGAUUACUAUUACGAUGAUUUUAAGAAAUAUUUCCUUUUCCGAAUUCAAUAAAAAGACAUUAGCUAGUAAUAAAAUAUUCAAAGAUUUAUUAUUUUCAAUUGUCAAAAACGUUGGAUUAAAUGGUUCCAAAUUUGUAUUCAGUAGAAAAAGAUUAUGUUUAUUAAAAGAUUGUCUUUUAAUGUUGGAUAAUAUUUCCUUUUUUGUUGAUUUACAUAGUUUAGAAGAAGCAUUUUUGGCAUUUGCAUUAAUCAGUUCUUUUGGUCCCAAGAUUGAAGAUCCUUUUAGAAUACCUCAAUGUAGUGUUGAAAGUCAUUCAUAUUUCCCAUUUGGUAUUGAUGCAUUAACUAAAUUAUUAGUUAAAGAACCACAUAAUCGAUCACUUUUACAAGCGGUUUUAAAUGGAACCUUAAAUGUUAGUUUAACUGCUAGUUAUACUAACAAUUUCGUGGUUAGUGUUUCAGAUCAAGAAUAUACCCGAAAAUUAGUCAUGGCCUAUUUGAACAAUAAUAAGGACGGUUAUAAAUCCGGUGUAUUAUUAACAAGAGCUUUCCAAAUGUGUUUAAGUAUUAUCCCAUUCGAUGCUAACAGUUAUGAAUUUUCCAGAUUUAUUUGUGUCCGGGCUCCAACAAUUUCACAAAUGUUAUUUGGAGUGAAAUUAUUAAUUGAUUUAAUCCCCAUUGAUGAUUUAAAUACUCAACUUAAUCGAUUAUCAUUAUUAUGGAUCUUACAUAAUCGUGAUUUAAUUUUAUCUAAUUUUGCAAGAGUUGUAGUUGCAUUAUCUUCAGAAACGGGGAAAUUUGCUCGUGAAUCAAAUGAAUAUAAGAUAUUGACAUUAGUAUUGACAAAAGCUUUAAUUGUGAUUAAUUCAUUGGUUAAUAAUGUUCUUACCGCUAGAGGUUUAGAGAAUGCCAAGGAUCAUGAAGAAUUGAUAAAGAGUUUAGAAGCGGUUUAUAGUUUGCCGAGAAUUACUCCUGAUGUUCAUUUAACUUUGGAUAUAUUUUUGACACCUGUCAUUGAUACUAAUUUAGGAAAGGAAGUUGUUCGUUUACUUAGAUAUUUGAAUGAGUUGACUAGUCCGGUUGUAGCGGAUGAAGUUGAAACUUAG